AUGGGGACAAGAACAAAAAACAACACAAUUUGUGGAGGUGCACUUACAGUGGGUCUACCCCCAGCUUGGGUGGACAUAUCUGAAGAAAUAGCAGCAAAUGUGCAACGUGUGCGGGCAAAAAUGGCUGAGCUAGCUAAGGCUCAUGCCAAGGCUUUAAUGCCCUCAUUUGGAGAUGGCAAAGAAGAUCAACACAGGAUUGAGACUGUUACGCAAGAGAUAACUGAUCUGCUGAAGAGAUCAGAGAAGAGAUUACAGAGACUUUCUGCUGCUGGGCCUUUUGAGGAUUCAAAUGUUAGGAAAAAUGUGCAGGUAUGA